AUGCUUCAAUCUAUUGAUGCGGAUCAUGAUGUAUGUACCAUAUCCGGUUUAGGUGAACACAUUGAAUGCAAUAAAGGAAACUGUAUACAAAAUAUGACAAAUACAAAUCAUCUUCAUAAAACAACUUUAUUAGAUGAAUCUUCGUGCUCCGUUAAAUGUUCAACAUUACAGGAAUCAGAAAAAAUUUUACGUGAUAUACAAGCAGAUACCACUUUAAAUUCAACCGCAAUCGAGUCUCAUCCUGCACACCUCAAUGAAGGCAUACGGGUACUUCUUUGUGGUGACACUCUUGGUCGUUUAAACCAUUUAAAACAAGCAAUUGAAUCUGCAAAUAAGAAGCAAGGGCCUUUUCAUUUCGUUUUAUGCUGUGGAAGUUUCUUUAGCAAUUCUGAUACUCUAAAUGGAAACAUACGCUCAUUUUCAUUUAAAGAUUCCAACCUUCAAGUUUCAGUUACAGAAGAAGAGUAUAAGUUUCUUACAGGAGAAGAACAAUUUUCUCUUAACAUUUAUUUUAUUGAUUCGAGUAUGUCAGAUAUAGGUGAUGCUUUACGCACCCGGAAAUCCAAUAAUUACUCCUUUUCUCCUACACUCACAUAUUUGGGAAAUUAUGGUUGCACGAAACUCCACAGUUUAACUAUUGCCCAUUUAUCGGGUUUGUAUAACGUUGCUCAUUUUUUCAAAGACACAAAAGAUUUUGAGUCAUCUAACGAGAUAACUACUUUCGACAAAAAAGUAACAUUACACACAAAAGAAAAACACACUGUAAUUUCUAUUCAUCAGGACGAAACGUCACCUUGUGAUACCGCAUUAUCAGUAACACAUUUUAGUGGAAAAAAUUCUAUUUAUUACAAUCGAGCAGCUUUAGAAAAAUUUAAAAAUUUAUGCUAUCAAAAUGCUGCCAAUUGUGAUAUAUUUAUAUCUUGCGAAUGGCCAUCUGGUGUUGAUCAAAAUUUAUCAAAAGCUCAGCAAGAAGAUUUACAACAAUUCAUUCAACUUGGAGAGACUCAACCUGGAUUAUACAAGUCAACAUCACCAGUUGUUUCGGAAAUAGUCGAAAUUUUAGAACCAAGAUAUCAUAUUGCUGGGGGUCAUGGAAUAUUCUAUCAGAGAAUCCCUUUUAAAACGACUUCUCAUGGACUUGUUAGCAAAUUUAUAAGUCUCGCAAGUGUUUCUCCUUCUCUCACAUCGAAUGCUAUAAUAAAACAAUUUAAAUUUUUUCAUGCUCUUUUACUACGACCAUUAGAGUCAAUGAAUGCACAGUCUAUUCGUGCAACAACAGCGGAGUGGACUCCAAGUCCAUAUGGUUCGUUACAUAUUGCGGCCCGCAAUAAGGACAUAUCAGCCUUAACAACAUCCUUAUCUCCAUCAUCACAAGAAUCACCUUCUACAAUGGAGAGUAAUAAAAACUUCUGUUAUUCGGGAUCUUUGAAAAGGCAGCGUUGCAAAUCAGAAAACACAGUGGGAGAAACCGAAAGUUCAACUUUAAGCCGUUGUGUUUAUGUUAGUAGCAUACCCUAUGAAGUCGAUUUUGAUAGUUUUAUUGAAAUUAUGCAAUCAUUUGGAACUAUCAUCAACGUUUCCAUGCCCAAAACAUGUAGUGGAAAAAGUAAUGGACGAGCUUGGAUAACAUACAGUACUUUUAAGGAAGCGGAAAAUGCUGUCGCUGCACAUGAACAAUUACAAUCGGGUGGUCGCUUGUUACGAAUUCAAUAUUCGAAUGAAAACGACCUGCGCACCAAUAAAAAACGCAAUUGUGGCACAGGUGUAGGUCAAACACCCCAGGCUAUAGAUGUUCGACCCCAUAAAGGAUGCUGGUUUUGCUUAUCCAACCCGGAUUCGGAAAAGCGGUUGAUUGUAUCUUUAGGGGAAAAGGUUUAUGUAGCUUUAGCGAAAGGGGGUUUAGUAUCGGAUCAUGUGUUGAUUAUUCCAGUGACACAUUUUCCUAAUUAUUUAUUUUGCCCUCCCGACAUUAGUUUAGAAUUAGAAAAUUUUGUCCAAGUAUUACGUCAAUGUUUUAAGGCUCAAAAUCGAGACGUUAUUGUUUAUGAAAGAUAUUUUCCUAUGAAAGUGACAACUGGAAUGCAUAUGCAGUUUCAAGUUAUUCCAAUACCCGAAACACUUAGUAAGAAAUCUUCUCAAGCUUUAUUGAAACGUGCUAAAAAAGCAGGUGUAAAACUUCAUCAACUAAAUGAAAAAGAAUCUUUAAAAGAUUUAUGUCAUUAUGUGAAAAAUUCCGUUGUAUCCCCUUAUUUUUAUGUAGAAAUCCCAGGUGUCACCGACUUAACUAUUGAACGUUGGAUUUACACGGAUUCCGCUCGAUCUCCAGGAGAUGACAAAGUGUUGCCAUUCAAUUUUGGAAGAGAGUUUGUAGCUGAUUUAUUAGAAAAACCUGAGAGAUCCAAUUGGAAAUCAUGUAUAGAGGAUGUUACGAAGGAAAAUCAUGCGGUUGAAAAGCUAAACACCCUUUUCGCUUCAUUUCAGUUAAUAAGUAAUAACAACUUCCCCUAAAAGUAAUUUUAAUUAAUUUCCUCAUCUAUUUUUACAAUGUUUAUAAGCCACUUUUAUAAAUUUUCGAUUUUUUCUAAAUAACUUAACUAAUUUCAUAGAAGAAAAAAAUUUGUUCAAAUAUUUAUCUUUC